GUGUCAAAGUUAUUAAAAUACUAAAGCAUGAUGCAGCUAUCAAAUGUUCCGAAACUGCUACAUGAUAAAGGUAUGAAAUUACCAUAAUGUGUUGGCCUAUUAGUUAGUUACAUUUGCUUCAGCAACUUGUGUCAGGUCCGUUUGUGAUUGUUUAAUAAUACUUAUUGACUGAUUGAAAUUAAUGAAUAUUUUUUGUACAUUUGGAAGUCAUGUUAUUAUACAAUGAAAUGGUACUUUUAAAAUCAGCUAGGAAUGUAGGUUAUUUUUCAGAGAUAAGAAGGAAACAAUAUCCAACACUAAUAGUCUGUCAGCAUGCAUAAUAAAUUUUUUUAAAAUAAUUUUAAAGAAGGAUUUUUUUGGUCCAGUAACCUGCUUUUUAUUUUUUCAAACAGUAAGCCAUAAUGGUCAAUAUAAAGCAAUGAGCUUCAAUUGUGAUGGUGCUCUCAAUUCUCUGGCCGUCAACAAAGACCGCACUCAAGUGGUUGUUGCUGGUCGUUCAGGUACGUAAGUAAAAGCUAUACUUUUUAUUGUUUUAAGUUUCAUCUGUCAGCUUAUUUAAAUAUUUGCACUUUUGUAAAAAAAAAAUGUAAUUUACAUGAUUAUGUAUUGAUGAAAUUUUUACUUGCCUGCUCAAUUUUUUUAACAUGCUUAUCAAAAUUUGCUGUUUUAAAAAUUAUACAUUACACUCCAGGCGUUUCAUGGGCAUGCAUAAAUGACAUCACAUGUUUAAGGGAUGUGGGGGGGAGUGGCAUGUCACAAAUAUUUUAUGAUGUGUGAUGAGGAUGUCUAAUUUUUGUUACAAUUUUGCGAUGAAGGGGAUGAAAAAAUCAGUUUAAUAAGCAUGACGUCUUUUAUGGGUGGUCCUUUUUUUUUCUCAAACAAUCAAUGGUAAAUUAUUUUAUUACUAUUUUCACAUAAUCUUCUGUAUUUUCAGUUUUUAAAAUCUUAAAUAUUAAAGAAGAUUGCUUCAUUGAAAACACAAACCUUCGAGUUGGGCGGCACAUUAAUCUGACCUAUGGAGCUGCGGAUGUUGCUUGGCACCCUUCAGAUGGUCAGUGGUGAUGUUUCACUGGUGUUGUUUCAGUGAUGAUGUUUUUGUUGUGAUGUUUCACUGUCAUAUUUUAAGUGGAUUGUUAUAUUUUUUUAUUUUUAUGGAACUCUAACUUCUGCCAUUUUAUUCUAUAUUAAUUCUUGAUUACAGAAAGUAUGUUAGCGUCUGCUGCUACCAACGGCUGUGUAGUAAUAUGGAAUCUUAGUAAAGGAGCCAAAGCAAAACAAGGUAUUGAAUUAGAACAAAAAAAAGUUAAAAUGUAAUUGUUUUUUUUAAUUGUUUUGUGAAUGUAAAUCCCAUUCAUCCAUAAGUCGACCCCCAGUUUUGGCUGGAAAAGCCUGAGGCUGUCUAAUAACUGAUAAGCCGACCCUAUAAACUAAUAUGCUAGAGUAAGCCAUACAGUACUAAAAAAAUGUUAUAAAUAUCAACAAGUUUACAUUAGUGCAGUCAUCUGGUAACUUACUAAAUAUAGGUCAGGUGCUCUUACUAAACAGUCUCAAAAUGAGUUAUUUUGGCUGUUCUAAAAAUAGACUUCAGCUGCUGCUACAAUCUUUUAAAAAUAGGACAAUCUGCCCUUGUGUGGAACAUUUGGGAAUGAAAAAUAAGAACCCUACUUGUGACCUAAUUUUGCAAACAGCAUUACGCUCUACAGUGACUUCUUGAUUUCGGCUAAUUACUUUUUACAUCUCUGUUUUCUAUAACUGAAUCAAUGUGCCUAGGAAAUAUUAUAAAGAUUCUUGUUAUUCAGGGGAAUGAUCUAAGCUGAAAAGGGUGUUGUAUUUUGAAGGGUGUAGGGGAACAGAAGUCUCUCUACCCAAACACCUACUGACCUUAUCAAAAUGUAUUAUUUCAUUCCAUUGGUUAUGUUUAGCAGUUGUUUCAAGCUUAUGAUUUAAUUCCAUGAUCAAACCAACUUUUGAGAUCUUACAAGGGAGGUGGCCUCAGAAAACAAUAUUCAGUGGCAAUGUGUCAUGCAUAUAUCCUCUUCCCCCCCCCCCCCCGUCCCAUGUUAUUCUUAUUCAUUAUGUUUAUUGUUGCCUUUUAAAACAGGACAAUUUUUGAUAAAUUUAACCUGUAACUUAAAUAAAAAUUAUUCUUGCGUGUAAAAUGGAAAUUUAAGAUUUCAUCCUUGAUAUGCCACAUUGUAUAUUUUCAGCAAUGGUAUACCAAGAACACAAGCGCUCAGUAAACAGGGUAGCAUUUCACAAUUCGGAACAUAAUCAGUUACUUAGUGCAUCCCAAGAUGGGGUUGUUAUGAUUCAUGUCAGUAUAUUUACUACUUUUUUACACUCCAACAUUUGGAAUUAAAAAUAAUCUAUUUAACUCAGAAGUGUCUCACAUUUUCUGUAAGGAAAAGUCAAAUUAAAAAAUUAAUUUUCUAUCCACUGCAACAGUCAUGUUGAUCAACUCAUAUCUUUUAUGUUCACAAAAUUGUUUCAUGUUUAUUAUCUAUCCAGGAUGUGCGUAUGCAAAUACCAUGUAUCAAAUUUGGCGUGCUUGGAAGCGACAGUGUCAGAGAUGCCCAGUUCUGUCCCCCUAGCAUGGGCUAUUUCUUAUUUGCUGCAGCCUAUGACAACGGGGGUGUGCAGGUAAUGUGCAUAGUUGAGUGUGCAGUGCACAAGUUGUUUGGUCUAUUGGCAAAUGAUUCAAGAAAUGUGAUGAAAGUCUAAUGAGUGUAAUGAGAGGCUUAAAGCUAUUAAUGAUUUAGAGCUGUAUUGCCGGCCGUGUUGUAGUAUUGUGUGCCUCACCACUUAGAGAUAGUUUCAAAUUCCUCUGGAAUUAUCCUCGACUGUGGUUAAAGCAGCUCAUUGAGGGGAUGAGGGCAAUCCCUGAGUAAUAAACCUCAGUAACUUGGCAUGUGUUAACCUGACUUAUAACCUGACUUAUAUUAAUUCACUAGCAGCCAUUUUAAGAGCUAACCAGGAUUAGUCUAAUAUGUUCAGGGUAUGGAACUUUUUUUCUCAAGGUAUUGUUACCGUUACAUAUUUUAUUUCUGAGGUUUUCUCCUAAGAUAAGCACAAUCUGCUAUAAGAGUUAGGAACUAUCUUUUUCUGCCCUUGCAGACCUGGGACAUGCGGCGACCAGACAGAUGUGAAAAGCAGUUCAUGGCCCACAAUGGUCCAGUGUUCUCUUUGGACUGGCACCCGGCAGAGAAGACCUCUUGGCUUGCCACAGCGGGCAGAGAUAAAAUGAUCAAGGUAUGCUGCAUAAGGUUCUGACCAGUUCUUUCUUUACAUUUCUGUACAAUAUCUGAUUUUACAGAUUAGCGUAUCCAAUUGACAUGUAAAUAUUACAAUUCCAAUUGACGUUAGCUUCAAUUGUUAUGAAGAAAACACCAAAAGUUUCCUGUGGCGUUUAGAUCAGUGGUUCUGAAACUUUUCAGCAUGGUGAACCCCCUGAAGUUAUUGACAUUGUAGUAUAUAGAUUGGGGUCCAAUUUACUGAUUAUUGUCAUUUAACAAAUCUUCUUAAAUUCUCCACCUUCUGCGGACUGCCAGCUUGCAGACGUGUGCCAGACCAGGUUGACCACUUUGAGUACAUCUGUAUUAGAUAAUAAAUUUUAAAUAAAAACUGUUUUAAGCCAAGCUACCAUGUUAAAACCUAUGCUCUGAUGCUCAAUAACUGGUUACAGGAAAAAUUAGUACUAGAUUGAGUCUACAAGCCUACCACUCCCAAAUUAAUCUGGUAAAAUAUCUUGUCUUAGUCAGAAAGGGUCUAACUUCUAAGCCAAUAUAUUAUUCUAGUUUAACCUUAUGAAGCUGUGGGAAAUGAUUAUCAUUGAUUAAUUGGCUGAAAUAUAAACAAUUUGUUAUUGCAGGUGUGGGACAUGGCACGGACGGACAGAAUGGCGCUACCCCAGUGUUUAUAUAGCAUCACAAAUAUAUCCUCUGUGGCGCGGGUGAAGUGGCGCCCCAACAGGAAACAUCACAUUUCCAGCUGUUCUCUGCUCGUUGAUCACUGCGUCAAUGUUUGGGAUUUAGGUCGGCCUUACAUCCCGUUUGCUUCCUUCGAAGGUCAUGGCGAUGUUGCCACUUGUAAGUUUUCUUCUUCUUCUUCUUCUAUAUCUUAAGGGCCCACGAUCAAUUUAUUGAUCAUUUUGGCUCCUAUGCAUGUAGAUGGGAUUUGCCAUGUUUCUGUUACUGGUGUUUUAAAAUAUUUCACUACAGAUUUUAGGGACAGAAAGGUAUUAUUAUAUUUAUUAGAUUCCUAAGAAACAAACCAUCAUCCAGGCUGCAGACUCCAAAUCCAGAUUGUAUGUCAUAUUGUUGCUUUACAGUGCAGAUAGAAGUGAUCUAUGGAAUGAAGUGACACACUUUUUUUUUUGUAUUUAAGAUGUAAGCAUUCUUUGUCAUAUUUUGCAAUAUGAAAAUUUUGGCUUUAAAAACAUAUCUAAACUCUCUCUCUCUCUAACUUGGUCUCAUCUUAUCAGUAUCUUAUAUAGAUUUUGGAUACAUAUUUCAUAGCAUUACAAUUAACAAUAAAGGAAUUUUAUAAGUCUGCCUAUGUCUAACUGAUGUAUCUUGGUGUCCAGGUAUCGAGUGGCGUGAAGAUUGUCACACUUUUCUGAGUUGUGGUAGAGAUGGAUACAUUAUCCAGCAUAUAUUUAAUGAUGCCAAAAGACCAGCUGACCAUGCAAAUCUUGCAGGGUUGGAUCUUAGCAUUAAAGGAGAGAUAAGCUAUGCAUUCUUUGAUAGAAAAGGUAAUUAAAAAAAGAUAUUCUUUGAUCGUUUGGUAACUUAAGGUUUUUUUUAUUGUGAGAGACUAUGUGUGCAAUUUUUUUAAUAACGUUGACAGAAUUUUGUUGUAAAUUUUAAUUUGAUGGCGUAUGCAAUUAAAAUUUGACCUAUGGUUAAUUGAAUUUGCCAUGCUUUUAUCAAGUUAAAGAAAGUAAAACUAAAGCAAAUAUAUUUUUAAUGAAAUUUCCAAUUGACCAGCUUGAUUAAAAAAAAAUAUCUAUGGAAAAAAAUCUACAUUUUAGAUUAAAAGAAAUCCUGAAAUCAUGGAUAAUUGUGGAGUGAAUCAUGGGAGAUGUGGAAUGUCCAAACAAAAUCAAUAGAUCAGAAUGUUAAGAUUCCAGCCAAAGACAAUUUUUUUUUGUCCUGCUUUAAAACCAAUUUAUUUUGAUCCUAUUGUUAAAACUAAUUUCUUCCUGUCCGCCAGAUCAUUCCUACUCAAGCUUGGGUAAAUCCAAAAAGUUGCCAAAGUCCCGACAAUUUACCCAAGCCAUAAGUUCUUUGUGGGUCUUUGAACAGAAUGCUGAAGCCAAACUUGCUCCAGCAGAUGAAGAUGCAGAUGAGGUUGGUUGUUCCUAUAUGAAGGACUUAAACCCCUAGCAUACCAGCCCUUGGUUAAAGUCGCAAUAAAAUUCUCAUAUAAUAUCAAAUUUAAAUGCAAACCUAUGGAGACAGCGUUAAUUUUUUAAAUUAAUGAGCUAUGAGUGAAUAAAUUUAACAGUGUUCCUAAUUUCCAAAAGUUUCAUGAAUGAUAUAUUAUAUUGGACUUAAAGCAAUUCACAGAUUUGUAAUGAAACAUUUCAUGUCCUAAAAGAAAAUAAUAGCUCAUGAUGGCACUUGCUUUACAGUUGAUCAAACUGAUGUCUCUCUUUUCUGUGGUGAAGUAUAUUGAUAGAGAAAGGAGGUAGAAAAUAGGCUGAUAUUACAAAGAACUGUUUUGUCUGUCAUGCUUUUUAAAUUAAAAUGGUCAUUUAUGAAAGUUAAGAAACAGAAAUCAAACAUUCAAAUUUAUCUUUUUCUCUGAACCAUAAAUAACAGUAACAGUGUUACAAGUUUUAGCUCCACUCAGAGUCAGAUAAGAUCAACUCCUAUUUACCCCACCCUCAUAUUUCUCAUUGCCCAAAUACAAAUCUUGUGUGAUGUGAAUGACAACUCUGAUGUGAAUGACAAAACUGAUCUCAAUGACAACACUGAUCUCAAUGACAACACUGAUGUGAAUGAUAACACUGAUGUGAAUGACAACACUGAUCUGAAUGACAACACUGAUCUGAAUGACAACACUGAUCUCAAUGACAACACUGUUGUGAAUGACAACACUGAUCUCAAUGACAAAACUGAUGUGAAUGAUAACACUGAUGUGAAUGACAACACUGAUCUGAAUGACAACACUGAUCUCAAUGACAACACUGAUGUGAAUGAUAACACUGAUGUGAAUGACAACUCUGAUGUGAAUGACAACACUGAUCUCAAUGACAACACUGAUGUGAAUGAUAACACUGAUGUGAAUGACAACACUGAUCUCAAUAACAACACUGAUCUCAAUGACAACACUGAUGUGAAUGAUAACACUGAUGUGAAUGACAACACUGAUCUGAAUGACAACACUGAUCUGAAUGACAACACUGAUCUCAAUGACAACACUGAUGUGAAUGAUAACACUGAUGUGAAUGACAACACUGAUCUGAAUGACAACACUGAUCUGAAUGACAACACUGAUCUGAAUGACAACACUGAUCUGAAUGACAACACUGAUAUGUGCAGACAACGUUGUUUUAUCAGACAUCGAAGUUAUUAAUUAAUUUUUUUAAAGUGUUGGAUAAAACAAACAAAGAAAUUCGCCGUCCCAGACUGUUUGUACAGCUGAUAUCUUUUUAUUUCCUUUAUAAAAAUAUAAUAAAAAUGACAAAAAGACACGUUAUUGUUGUUACAAAUAUACAAAAAAAUGUUAACAAGAACGAAAAUUAAUGGGCUUUUCAUCCCUUAUCAAAGGCAUUUUUAAAAUUAUUGUUGAAAAUUAGGUACUCACAUUCUUGUUUACAAAAAUAAUGAUUCAUUCUUUGCAUUUCUGCUAUAACUUGUUUUCAGACUGAUAUGACAAUGAUGCAGACGUUUAAGGAAUUCGCCCAAGAAUAUAAGUUAGACGGUCUUUCAUUAGUGGAGUUGUGCAAACAUAAUGCUGAAGUAGCAGAUUUCUACCAUAAACCACAGGUAUGUGAAGACCAUUUCUGGGAGAGCUGCACUUUUCUCCGUGCGCUCAGAUAGUUUGGUGCUGUUUUAUAUCAAAGUCAAGGAACGGGGGCAAAAUUUAAAUUUAAUAUGAAAUAAAAAUUAAUACAAUUUUUUAAAGUAUUUAAUGAACUCAGAGAAUUCACCGGGACACAGCUCAAAGUAUGGUUCUAAUGUCCCGGUCACUGGCGUACAAAGUUGUGGGGAAAAAAUACAUAGUUUAGGUAGCUUUUUGGUCAAUUUAAUACCCUUAUAAUAUGAGAAAAUGUAAAUGUUAUAAGUUAUACAAAGCUGAUCCAUGUUCAUUUUGUUGACAGUUGUAGACUUUAAAGAGCACUUUGAUAAACCACUAAUUAGUAUACAUUGCAGUCAAAUGAAAGCAAUUCAAACUUGAUAACAACAAAUUUAUAGCAAAAUCCAAGUAUUAACUGCUGCAUCUUCUUUAUAUCUAUCACAUUUUCUAUAUAUCAAGUUUCCAGCCUCAUUAUUACUCCUGUCACAUAUUUACUCAGCAACAUAUUUACUCCAGCCACAUAUAUACUCAACCCACACAUAAAUUCAAUCAAAUAUUUCCACCACACAUAUGUCACUAAAAAUAAAUCUCAUUCGCACAAAUAUUCCAGAUUUCUCAAAUAUGGCGGAUGCUGGCAACUGUGUAUGCCUCAUCCAUAUGCCCACAGUCUGGGUCAGGUCACAUAAACAGGAUUGGUUCACUGGGAAUCACCAACUCACAACUAGACAAACAAGACCACAAAGACCUGGGUGAGAUGUUUGCCAAGUUAUAAGCCCAUGCCUUAAUAUAGGAUAAGAUUCUUUAUUGCUCCAAAUAAAUGGAAUUGUGUUUUUAUUACAUUGAACGUUUUCAUUUUAAGAAUAUGGAUAAACCUUCUGGUUAAGAUAACAAUUUUUAAACUAAAACAAUUUAAACAUAAGACAAUUUAAAGCAGGGGUAGCCAACCUUUUCAGCAGUCGGGCCAAAUUUCAGAAAUAAAAUUUCCUGCCGGGCCACGCCCCUUCUUUUUUUGUGUGUUAAUUAAAGUAAACAAGCAAGCGUGCUACAGAUUUGACCACAUCGCCACUUCUCAGUGGAUUGAGAUUGUGGUCAUACGCUUGCCUGGUUUAAUGUAAUAUAUGCAAGAAAUAGGUAUAUUUCUUUUUUUGAAGAAAAUAAAACAUAACUGAGAAUCAAACAUGUUUAAAAUGCAAGAUAUUUCAAAUAAAUCUUAGCUAUAAUAUAAAAAUAUAUGCUUUGAAAGCCUCAUGAUGUAAUAUUCUUUUGGUGAUAUGUGCAAUAACGUUAACUGUAAUGUUCAUUUUACCUAGCUCCACGGGCCGCAACAUGACUCCCGGCAGGCCGAUUGUGGCCCACUGGCCUCAUGUUGGCCACCCCUGAUUUAAAGUAUUUCUGAAGGGCAAAAAUCAACCAUCAUAUAUCAUCAAACCUCACUUCCUUAAUGUCAAAAUUGACUUUAUGAGUUAUUUAUUAAUUUAACAGCUGGGGAUAGGUGGGAAAUAAAUGUAUAUCCACAUCUUUUGUUCCUCACUUUGAUGGAAAGACUUUGCCCUGAUUGAGCUGAUCUUAAGUAACUAUAAUGGAAAGAAUUUGCUGUGAUCGAGCUGAUCUUAAGUAACCGGGAUGAAGUGGAUGGGAUAUAUCGUCAAACAUUUUUGUCAGUUUUAAAAAUGCAUUUUGCCUCAAAUAUUUUUGAGUUAGUUUUGUUUGUUGAGAUUUUAAACAUAAAUUGCUUUCUUGUUGAGUCUGUUUAAUCGGUCUUUGAUGAAUUCUCACACCAGCAGGUAAUAACCAAGUUCAGUAGGUUUCCCAUUGUUGCAUUGUAGAAUAUGUUAAUAAUUGGAUUGGUUAACACCGAAAUUGUAUAAUUUUUUUAGUUAGAAAAGCUUUGAGUUUUUUUAUAUAUAUUUCGGCAGUGGUCUUAUAACGUCAGCUUAUUAUUAAUGGUGACAUUUAGGUAAUUAUUUGUCACUACUUGAACUAUACCAGUGUUUCUUCUACUGGGGUCAGCAGUCCCCUAGGGCAGUGGUCCCCAAAUGGUGGACCGUGGACCUUCACAGGUCCGCAUGCCUAACGCUCCCGGUCCCCAUAACAUAAAUAUUCAUUGUCAAAUAGAAAUAGAAGUAUAAAAAUAAAUGAUGCAAAAAUGAUGGUAAAACUUCGAAAUUUGUUCACCGGUCCGCCAAACUUAAACGUUUGGGAACCACUGCCCUAGGGGACCACAAAGUGCUUUCAGGGGGACUGUGAAGGGGUCACUUAGAUACAAAUUUUGGGCUAUUUGCGAUGGUUGCUAUGUCCCACUGAGGAAUCAAAUUAUUCAUUUAAUUUUGAGAACUGCUAGUAUAUUAAGUUUGUGUAUUAAAAAUUUCUCAAUCUUUCUUAUGCCUAACAGUCUAUCGUCUCAUCCCGUUUUUUCCUUGUUAAGAUUUUCUUUUCUAAAUGAUACUAGUUAUACUAUGGAUGUUCUAUUAUCUUAAUUAAUUUGCCUAUUUCAUCUAGUUUUUAAUUGUUAUCUUAAACAAUAUUAUUUACUAAUUUAUGUUUAAAAUCUCAACAAGUAAUUUUUUUUACAGAUUAUAAUGCCUCCAAAAAAUUUAAUGAGAUCUGACAUGAGAUCUGACAUUUUAUAUUUGAAAUUUGGUUUUACUGUAAUAAAGUCUAGUGGGAAAAGAAACAUUUGUGUUUUGUGUUCUGAUGGGUUGGCAUCCACUUCUAUAAAGCCCAGCAAGCUAAGGAGACACUAGGAAACGAAGAAUUCCAGCUCAGUAAACAAAGAUGUCGAUUUCUUUCAACACCAAGCUGAACGAUUGCACAAAUCCAGUCUUGAAGACAAAUGAAUAUUUUCUAAAAGCCUCCUAUGGGGUUUUAAGGAAAAUAGCUGCCACCAAGAAACCCCAGAGCAUCUGAGAACAGUUGAUAUUAUUACCUUGCUGCAAAUGUAUCACAUCGGAUGUGCUGAGAAGUUAUCAACUUGAGAAGCUAAAGCAUGUUUCCGUGUCCAACGAUACUGUUAAGAGGCGAACAGUGAAGAUGUCUGAUAACAUACUCUCUGAGUUGUUCUGGAAGAUUCAGAAUUUAAUUUUCAGCUUCUUUGCGAUCUAGCUUAAUGAAACGACUAAUAUCGCCAACUUAGCCCAACAUUGCGCCUACGUACAAUAUGUUUAUGACGAGCGACUGGAAGAUGAUUUUUUUGUUUUGUGAACAACUGCUAAAUAAAUAUUUGAUAAAGUGGUCAGAUUCUUUGAGUCACUUGGUAUCAAAUGAAAAUAUGUCAUUGUCGUGUAUACUGACGGCGCUCUAUGCUUGAAUUCCGUUUUGCUUUUCAAACUUAUGUUAAGCAAAAAUCCCCAAACAUUAUUGGUAACAUUGCACUAUUAAUCCCCCAGCCUUAAUGGCAAAAACCAAGCCUGAUGAGUUGAAAAAUGUUCUCAGUGAAGUGAUUACAGCAGUGAACUUCAUUAAAGCGAAUGCACUCAACCCUCGUUGUUAUGAAAAGAAAGUGGUUCCGGAUUUGAAAAACUCUUUUUGCACCACUCCCACGCGAGAUGUCUUACCAGAAGGAAAAAGUGUUUAAGAGACUUUUCUUACUGCCUCAAGAAAUGCAGCAGUUUUGGCAAGAUGCUAAACCAGGCUCGAACCCAAGAUUCUCUGUCAGUUUUCCUAUGUUUCUGUCAUUUAAGUGUCGACAUUUUGAAUCCUUGACUUGAAUUCCAUCAACAUGGGGCUGCAGGGACAAGAGAGCUCAGUGAUUCCUUGUCAUGAAACAUUGACAGCUUUCAAAGUGAAGCUCGCACUAUGGCAUGCAAAGUUAAAGAAGAAGAGCUAUGCCCCAUUUCCACACUGAAGCCACACAUUGAUAAAAAUGAGCUUUACACUGAUGACACUAUCCUUGAGGGGAUGAAAUAACAUGUAUCCAUUCUUAGCGAAGGAAUUUCUCAUUAUUUUCAGGAUUUAUAAGAAUUUGAAAAGUAAUACUUCUUUAUCAACAAGCCCUUUGUACGUUCCAUUAGUGAUCUGCCUUUUAGAGGACAAUUUAUAUCAAGAACAGAUUAUUGAUUUGAUAAGUGAUGGGGGGUGCAAAACAUGUUUUCCGUGACAUGUGUUGUAGUGAUUUUGGUAGUGAAAUGGCGCAGUCCUAUCUUGGUCAUACUUGAUGUUGCACAGAUGACUCUAAGAUUGUUGAAUCCGUUUGAGAUGGCUUUUCCAAAGUACUUGAUAUAAAAACAAAGCUUUGAAACAGAUUAGACAUGAAAAAUAACAAGAGUUGCACUGGCCAAAACAAGCCAAACCUCGAAGAACUGGUUACGGCAAAACAGCCGCACCAAUCCCAUUAAAUGUACAUUUGAUGACUAAGUUUUGCCAUUUUCUGAAUAAACAACUGGUUUUUUUCAAAAUGUUUUGGUAACAGCAGCCUAUAGGAUAAUUGUACUUAAUUGUAAAGGGUCUGGAAACAAUUGUAAGGAGACUGUCAUGCAAGGAAUCCUAAAAAAGUUUGAAAACCAUUGCUCUAUACUGCAAUUUUUUUUAUUGAUUGAUCUGCAAUUUUGUGAUUCCCCUCUGGAAAUCAAAAAACAUUUCUUUGGUUUUUGAUACAUUCAAGAAAAGAAACAUUUUCACCACACCAACUAAUUAAGCUUGUAUCUAAGCUGCAGUAUAAACAUAUAGAUUAAGUGAUUUUUUACUUACACUUUUCUGUCCUUAUGAAAGGAUAUUGAAUCGUUUUUUUUUCUCUAUUCACCUUUGAAAAAAAAAAACUAACUAUUUUUCAACAAGCUUUUAACAGUUUUUGUUUUCACCUGUUCCUAGUGGUUAAAUCAGCUUUAAAACGAACAAGAGAAAAAGACAAAAAGAAAACUGCACAGGAGUUGAAAAAAAAAGAAGCUACAUCAGGUAAGUAACAUGAAAACAAGGUUGAAUUUUGAAAACUAUUUAUUUGAGCUAAUAUUUUUAGACAUGUUGCUGCUUCUCUAAAAGAGAUAAUUGAAUGCAUAGUCUAUUGUUUGUUUUAGCAGGGCUGGAGUUUUUUUUUUUAACAUUCAAACAUAAUUGGUUUGUUUUGGUUUAGGAGUUUUUUUAACAUUCAAACAAAAUUUGUUUGUCACUGUGGAAAAACAAAAAAGUUUUAAAAUGCAAUGUUACAUUUUAAACAGGAAGUAAUGAAGAAAGCUCCGAUGUCGAGGGGGAGAGUUCAGAGGUGGAGAAAAGUAUUCGAGGAUCCAACACUGAGACUAACUUCCUGUUUGGAGAUGGUGGAGAGGAUGACACAGAAUUGUACACCACAGAAGGGAUCUUUAAUCCUGAAGAUUAUGUAAGUUACAUAGUUACGCAAAAAAUUAUAUUUCUAAAUUAAAAUGACUAAGCAAUGACAAAAAUAACAAUCAUAUUUUAUAUGUUUAGAUUCAUAAUGCUUACAAAUGUAAAUGAAAAGGCAUUUAGGGUGAUCAACUCAUUUGUUUUGCAGCAGGGAUCAUGUACUCAAAAUAUAAAAUAGGAGGUUAACAAAUUAAAUUGCCAUCUAAACUCCUUUUAUUAUAGAUGUAAAAUAACUAAAAUAUUUUAUAUUCAAAUCUGCUAAUACUAUGGCUGAAUUAUUAUUAUUUUAAAAAUCAUUGCAAUGAAACUGCAAAUCCUUAUUUCCUGUGUUUAGGACUGGACUCGGCAAAAUCUGCCAUCUGAAGGUUUUCAGCCCAGACAUGAACUAAAAGCCAUGAUAGGCACACAUCCCACUACCAUGGAGUCUGAGAUGGCCUUGACGUCCAUGCUGGAGUCGUUCAUGCCCCCAGAAGCCAACGACCAGAGUUGCGAGCCAACACUUGUCAUCAAACAGAUUCAUGAACCUGAAUUUAUGGAUUUUUCUCCUUCUGUGGCUAACGUCAUUAAAAACCUUGCUGAGCAGGUACAGUCGAGUGUUACGAGUAAUUUUGUUAUCUAAAGAUCCACUUUAAAGCAGUUGAGUUUUUGACAUACAAAAUAAUAAAAAUCUUAGACUGGUUCAAAGUGAUUAAACUUCAGUGAUACAAAGUUAACCAAAUAGUGUCACAACCAGUGCUUCACUAAGUGAAACGUCAGUGAACUAUUCAACUUAAGGCUUUCAUUAUCAUGUUUUAAUUGUAAGGAAAUGUUCAUAUCAUUAUUUCAAUGUUUACAAUGUAUGGAGUCGCUCUUAUUGUUACAUAACAUUAUCAGGUUUUAAAAAUUAGUCUGUUUUAAGAUUUGGCUUGGUAAAUAAACAAUAUGUCACAAAGAACAGAAAAAAGCAGAAUACAAAGAAAAAUGAUACCAAAAGCUAGCGAUACUAACAAUAUUCAAUUUAAUUAUGCUAUUAAGUUUAUAUAAAUAUUUAAAAUAUUACGUCUCGCAAAUGUCUUGGGAAAAUAGCAAAAAUCUCUCUCAGCUAGGAAAGCUGUGGGCUUAUAUACAUAAGGAGUAAGUUAGAGUACUCUAGAAAAGAAAUUCUAAAAAUUGCAUCAUGUGAUAGCUUUAUUCAGAAAAAAUAGAACUUAUUAGAACGUAAAACAACUUUUCCCAAUCAAGGGAGGGGUGGGGAAAAAGGAUUGGCGCUAGGUAUUUAAUGGAUGAUGUCAAUAUCAAAACAAAACAGAGGAGAGAGGUGUUAGAACUCUUAAGCUCAAUGUUUAAGUUUAAAAAAAUAGGUAGAGAUCAAGACAUAGGCUAUACUAUAAUAUUACAUUAUCUUUAUUUCAAUUUUUCAAUUGUAGAGAGAUGUUCCUACUGUUAUAAUAUAGCCCAGACCUUGACCUAUUUUUCACUUUAAGGUGGAGCUAUUUUUAGCCACCACCACUUAUCUUGUUAGUUUGGCCUUGAUCUUGACGUCACGGAUUAAAGAUGCCAUGUCACUCAUUCUCGGCCCGCCCCUUUCUUGGCUGGGAAUUUCUAUCAUUUCUGUACUAAAACAUUCUGAGUUGGUUCCUAUAUUUAAGCUCCAUGCUUUCUUAGCAGCAAGACAGAGAGAGAGAUUUUGCUAAAGGAGUCUUUAUAUGAUUGUGUGUGUAAGUUAAUAUUUGUAUUUUGAGGAGUGUACCUUUUUCUUUUGCUGUAAGUUGAUAGAGUUUUUUGUUGUACUCGAAUUUGUUUUGAAAUGUAUUUGUACCAUGACCAUAAAAUUAAAUGUAAUAUUGUUAGUAUCACUAGCUUUGGUAUCGUUUUCUUUGCAUACAGUUUUUCUCACUCCUUUGUUACAUAUUGUUUAUUAUGCAAGUCAAAUCUUUACACAGAUUAAAUUUUCAAAAUGAUAAUGUUACAUAAAAGUAUCUUUGUUUAAUGGUUUCAAUUGUAGAGAGAUAUUAAUAUCUAUAUUUCAAUGUUUCAAUUGUAGGGGGACGUUAAUAUCAAUAUUUCAAUGUUUCAAUUGUAGAGAGAUGUUAAAAUCUAUAUUUGAAUGUUUCAAUUGUAGAGAGACGUUAAUAUCUAUAUUUCAAUGUUUCAAUUGUAGAGAGACGUUAAUAUCAAUAUUUCAAUGUUUCAAUUGUAGGGGGACGUUAAUAUCUAUAUUUCAAUGUUUCAAUUGUAGAUAGAUGUUAAUAUCUAUAUUUCAAUGUUUCAAUUGUAGAGAGACGUUAAUAUCAAUAUUUCAAUGUUUCAAUUGUAGAUAGACGUUAAUAUCAAUAUUUCAAUGUUUCAAUUGUAGAUAGACGUUAAUAUCUAUAUUUCAAUGUUUCAAUUGUAGGGGGACGUUAAUAUCAAUAUUUCAAUGUUUCAAUUGUAGAGAGACGUUAAUAUCAAUAUUUCAAUGUUGCAAUUGUAGAUAGACGUUAAUAUCAAUAUUUCAAUGUUUCAAUUGUAGAUAGACGUUAAUAUCUAUAUUUCAAUGUUUCAAUUGUAGGGGGACGUUAAUAUCAAUAUUUCAAUGUUUCAAUUGUAGAGAGACGUUAAUAUCUAUAUUUCAAUGUUUCAAUUGUAGGGGGACGUUAAUAUCAAUAUUUCAAUGUUUCAAUUGUAGAGAGACGUUAAUAUCUAUAUUUCAAUGUUUCAAUUGUAGGGAGAUGUACAAAAUAGUGUUUCAAUGUUGAUUGUGUUGGGAGAUCUCAUCAGAGCUCACAUUGAUGAAGUCUAUCAGGAAAGUUGGUUUUUUGCUUACAUAGGUAAGGCUAUUUACAAGGGAAUUAUGGUAUAUUUUUUUUAUAAGCAUAAAUUUCUCAUAAAAAUGCAAAGCUUCACACAUAUGAAACAGCAUUAAAUGUUUGGUGUGUUCAAGUUACUAUUCACGUAAAGGUUUUUAAAAUGUUUUAUAGAUAAUAAUUUAAUUUGUUUAAAUAUUAAAUGAGACUAGGAAAUAGAUCUACUCUUAUUAUUUAGCAGACAAAAAUGAAAAAUUUUUAAAGUUAUAAAUCCUUUAUAUUUGAAUACAAAACUGUUGCCCUGUUUUCAUGAAGAUUUGCUCGGACGGUUUGAACUUUGGACCGUGGCCAACUUAGUGAUCAAACAGUCCAAGUUGAUGGUGGUGAGUUCCCUGAAUCAAGAAUCUACAGUUAUACACACAAUGUGCUUCCGAUGUUCACGUGCCUGUGAUAGAGUUGCUUGGCUGUGUGACAAAUGUAAACGUGGAGUCAAUAUUUGCAGUGUCUGGUAAGUGGAAGUGUCCAGCUAUAAUUUUUAAUGAUUUAGUUGAUGUCUCUUAGUACAUUCCAAUGAAAUCUCGCUUUGAUAUCUAUAUCGAUAAUGCUCACAUUUUUGUAACACCUUAUGUGUCAAGAUUGCAAUGAGCUCAGUUAAGAAUAUUUCGUUGAACCAACUUUGAAACAACAAUUACAAAAUUUAUUCUGGAAUAACCAGAAAUGGGAUUUGUUUUUAGUUGUACUUUUAAUGUAUUUUUUUUUUCUCCUAGUCUUUUUUUUUUUUUUUUUUUUCCUGUUUUGGUCAAAUAAAGUUAUAAAAUUACAAAUAGAAUAAACUACAAAUUUUUGUUGAUAAAAGCAGACAAGAUUUUUUUUUUUUUUUUUUUUUUUUUUUUUUUUUUUUUUUUUUUUUUUUUUUUUUUUUUUUUUUUUUGCCAGUUUUGGUCAAAUAAAGUUAUAAAAUUACAAAUAGAAUAAACUACAAAUUGUUGUUGAUAAAAGCAGACAAGGAUAGGACAUAUUUAAUGGGUGAUUUCAUCCCCAUAGAGAGUUUCAAAAAAGUCUUUCAUAUUUAGUGGUGGGAGAAAGGCUGGGACUUAAAAAACUAUUUGCCAAAUAAAAAUAAGUAACAUGCUAUAAUUUUAUUUCCCCAGCCACCAUCCAGUGAGAGGUUUGAUGGCCUGGUGUCAAGGAUGCUGUCAUGGUGGACAUAUUGACCACAUACAGGAAUGGUUGACUUUCAGUAAUCAAUGUCCAGCUGGCUGCGGCCAUCUCUGUGAAUUCUUAUGAGAAGUUAUUUAUAGAAAUGACCAGUGCACCUGUACUCAGAAAUGAGAAAGUCUUUCAAGAAACAGAUUGGCAUGACGCAACGAAUUCAGAAUAAAUCCUUGGUGGCGUCUGUCUCAGGAUUAUGGGAAUGUCAUGUGACAAUAUGAAGUUUGUCUCAGGAUUAUGGGAAUGUCAUAUUAAAAAUCCUAACAGCGAAGCCCAAACUCUUUGGGUGAUGCAACAUGACAAUAAUUCAGUAUUACGCAGGAAUUCUUUUUGUAAGAUUUGUGUUCAGUAGAGGUUUAGUUAGGAAAAAGAAGUUAUGCUUUUAAAUGUACAACUACAUUCAGCUGAGUGAUUGUAGGCAUAAGUGUAACUAGCCUCUUGUUUUAGGCGUGCAGUGGGACUUUUCUUUGUUGUACAGUCAACGUAUUUAAAUACCGUUACUUUUAUUAGUAUUAAGGACAUUAGUAGAGACCCAGAAUUUCUGCCUCCCAUGUCAAUUUGCAACUUUUGGGGGUUGGGAAUUAUCUAACGAGCUCAGGGGUGGGGCAAAUUUUUUGUGCAGAGGUGCCACAUCACAUGGAUUAAAAUUUUGGCGGGCCACAUGACCAUUUCCUAGGAAUCUAAAAUUAAAGUUCAAGGUGAGAUUAUACCUUACGUGUUACAUUUAAUUACUAGCUAAUAGGAUGGACAGUGAUAGUCUGUUAUUAUUAAGUUACAUAGUUUUAAAUGUUUAAUAACAUAUUUGUAGCUUCAAACCAGUUUUUAAAAAUAGUUUCCCCCAAGUCUGAAAUCAAAGUACUUGCGUAAAAUAGAAUCCAAAUAAGUAUUGGUGAGCUGAAACCUGUAUGUGGAUUAAGUGAUGUUCAAGCAGGAGAAAGUUUGCUGUCAGAUGUAUGCUGAGCCUUGUCAAACAAUCAGUUUAAGAGCAAUGUGUUUUAUAUUUGGAAAUAAGAGCAAUGUGUUUUAUAUUUGGAAACUGAUCUCUACAAGUGAUUCAUAAAAUUGUUAAUUCAAAUUUCAAUGUCGUUUAAUGUCUCUGAGAAUUUUGUAAGUCUGAAAGUCUAUUAAUUCCGGAUGCAGAUUAGUAGAAUCUUUGUCCAUGUAUAAAACUGGCCCGAUGAGAAGAAUGCAAUGCUUCACAAUGAAUACAGUUUAUUGUUUUUUAAAACAUGGAGGCCAUUAAAUUAACUGGCCAUUAUAGCGGCUUCUUGAACCAGAUCAUAACUUGGCAAAAGUUAUUUAUAUCUAUUUUAUAUUUCUAUCCAAACCAUCAGCUUUAUGCUUUAAUUCAGCUUUAUUCAAAUUAAUUUUAAAAUUAGACUGCAAAUAUUGUCUGAGAUUAUAUUCUUUGAGUACAAUUACAUUUUAAGCCUGCAGCAUUAGGUUUAAUAUCAAUUUUAAAAAUACACAGUCCAGUCUUAGCACUCCAUUCUAUUUCAAAAGCUUACAUAAAAGUUAAUAUUUAUAACUGACAUUAUUGUUUUUGUAUUAUACAAUAAACUUAUGAAUCUUACAAAAAAUGUGCAGCAAAAUGUCUAGUCAAGGGAACUGACACUAGUUCUGACUCAGAGAGUGAUAUCACAGAUGUGUACUGAGGAAAUGAUCUUGGAAAUACUGCGCAACAAAUUUCAGCAGUUUUAUUCUAAGCUUUUGAAUUCACAGACAUUGUUGCUCAGCCAGAUUUUUCAGAGACUUGAGGAUCUAUUUUAAUAUACAAUAAAUAUGGGCUUCAAAAAUUCAUUACAAAUUCUGUUUGAAAAUAUGCAGCAGAGUAUUUUUAAAUUUAUUGUGAUAUUAUUAUUAUGGUUAGACAAUUGCACACUGUAAUUAAAACAUUUCAAUGCUUUUACAGAUAAUCUUUUUUUUAAAACUAUAUAUUUUAGGAAAACAUUAAUCCAGUUCCCUGGAAAGUCUCACGGGCCACAGUAAACGUUUCAGCGGUCCGCAUGUGGACCCCUGAACUAGCUAAAAGAUGUGAUACAGGCCCUAUUUUAUAUCUUUCACAAUUUAUUUAAAUGUAUAUACUGUAAUGAGAUGUUAAAAUAGCAUCACAUACUAAAUAUCCCUUGGCAGCGCUACAUUUUUUUAAAAUAUGGGAACUUAACCCAGACCUGUUUACCCUCAUACUCCAAAAAUCGUACAAUAUUAUCACAAAAUCGUUCAAUACCUUAUAUUUAUAGAAAAAAAUAAACAUACAGUAUACAUGUUAACACCUCAAAAUCGUACAUUGUACGCCAAAAUCGUAAGAGUAAACAGGUCUGACUUAGCCCUUUCUGAAUUUUGGCGUUUUCCCAAAUUUGCUUAAGGGAUAUUAGCAAUGUACAAAUCAAUGUUGCAUAAAAGUUUUGAAGAAUUUCAUUUAUUAAAAUUAUUGUUCCCAUUACCUUGCCAAUGUCAACAGUUUAAAAUGGUUUGGGUCUCUUUUUGAGCCAGCAAUUAGAGCUGACAGAGAUCCAGAUCAUUUUGGAUCGUCAAUGUUUUGAAUUUUAAUCAGAGCACUGUGUGAUAAAUUAGUUUUUCCUAAUUCAAGUCCUUAGUCACUGAACAGUAAGUAGCUUCAUCGGAGCAGAUACAAGACAAAUAGUGUAAAAAGUUGAUGAUGUUGAGAAUAGUCCCUUAGUGCUCCUUAUAUUUUAUGUAGUUUUUGUUUGACAUUUCAGUGGAUGUAUAGUUGUGUAUUAUAAAUAGUGUUAACUUUCUGUUUGACUACCUCAUAAGUGAAUUAUUUUUAUGAUAAUUAACCCAAACAGCAUCAGUGUUAUGUUUGUUAACUUUUAACUUGAAUGGAUCACCUCCCCCACCACUUUUUGUGUUUAUUUGAGGAUUAGAAUAGUUCACUAACGCAAUUAUUUCUUUCUAAAUUUUAAGAGUUUUCCUCUUCUUUUGAUAAAUCUUCUUUGAAGAAAACACAUUUUACAGUUGCUAUCUGCAAUUUUUUAAGUUAAUUUUUGUAUCAAAGGAUCACUUCUUUGUAUUUUUUAAGGGUGCAACCUGAAUAGACAAGGGAUAUUAUCCAUUACAUCAGAAGAAUGAACUUCCUUUACUACACAUCUGUCAAAAGAUAUCUCCCCUUCAUUGACAGGCUAUGAUAAAAAUGUAUAGAUAUGCAAAAUAUAUAUUUAACUAGAAUUUAUAAAAUAUUG